UGAGCAAUAGCACGUUGGCCAUCAGUUUUUGGUGGGGCCGUGGAUCAAAGAGCCCACUUCUGAUGGGCCUUAUUACAGCGGACUUCUUCGUUUGCUGUCUUACUGGUCCGCUCACCGCCGUCCUCUAUAGCCUACCUUACUCUUCCGCCAUAUGGUUUAUUAUAGCCCAAUACGUUCAGUCAGUACCAGUGUCAGCAAGCACACUAUCAAUGAUGGCAAUCUCAGUAGAUCGUUAUUUCACUGUUAAAAACUAUAGACCAAUAGGGCAAGCGGCUAAUAGAAAACAAGUGCUUAGCUUCGCCGUUGCUGCCACAUGGGUAUCAGCUGCGAUACUCUCUACUUUUCAGGUAAUCUCAAGGUACAAACAUUCAUGGAAGAAAAGUCUGAUGUUAGUUCGUGUAACAUUAACGCAUAUAACCCCAGCAUGUACAGUACUGAUGUGUCAUCUUGGGGUUCACGCCAAUUUGACCGCGCUAUCACUGACCGCACGUGCCCAACAUGGUGAACUACCUCUACCCAUACCGCUUAUGAGAAGACCCACUCAUGUCAUCAUUGUUGCCGGAGUACCUAAGGUCAGUAGGUGA